AUGAUCAGCUCGCCAGUGGCUUCUGGAAGUCGUGAGAGUCCUUCAGCCCGUGAGAGCAGUGACAGGUCGGGGACACGAAGCAGAGGAGCCCCCCGGCUGGGUAAUAGAGCCUUCGUCCACCCCGUGCCUCCCAGCGACCCGCUACGCCAGGCCGGCAGACUGCCCAUCAAAGUGCUGAAGAUGCUGACGGCUCGGAGCGGACACAUCCUGCACCCCGAGUACCUGCAGCCCCUGCCCUCCACCCCGAUCAGCCCCAUAGAGUUGGAUGCCAAGAAGAGCCCCCUUGCCCUGCUGGCUCAGACCUGCUCCCAGAUCGGCAAGCCGGACCCGACCCCGUCCAAGCUGUCUUCUGUGACCGGUUCCUCCACCGGGUCGGAUAAGGAGGCAAAGUCCGGUCCGCUGAAGCUCAGUGACAUCGGGGCGGAGGACAAGUCAAGCUUCAAGCCAUACUCCAAGACACCGGACAAGAAAGAGUCCAGCUCGGCCGAUAAGUCUGGGUUCCGGGUGCCCAGCGCCACCUGCCCACCGUUCACCCCUCGGACUGGUAGCCCCAGCUCCCCCCGUACCCCGCCGCCUUCCUCCGAGUCCAAAUCCUCCGGGGAGAGCUCGGACAAGAAGGAAGCGGAGCAAUGUACUAAGAGCGCGUCGUCGGAUGGCGGAUCGCACGGGAGGCUGAGCGUGGAGUUACAGCAGACUCACUCGGAGGGGUCUACAGGCUGUAAGAGCCAUUCUGCUGCUCCUUCUCCGACUCCAGUCUCCUCUUCCUCCAGCUCCUCUGGCAUGUUGGGAUCUGGUCUAGUGGCCCCGGUGUCACCCUACAAACCCGGUCACACGGUCUUUCCUCUGUCCCCGGCUGGCAUGUCCUACCCUGGCACCUUGGCCGGAGCCUAUGCCGGCUACCCUCCUCAGUUCCUGGCACAUGGAGUCUCCUUGGACCACACCAAGGGAAACUCUUUGGUGGGAGCACAGCUGAGUUCCCUAGGCUGCUCUAGUAAGUCUGCUGCCUCCAGCCCCCUGACACGGGCAUCACCACCCUCUGUAAUGACUGCCAGCUUGUGUAGAGACCCCUACUGCCUCAGCUACCACUGCGCAUCACAGCUGAAUGCCAGCGCAAACUGUGCACAUGACCUCAAAUCUGGAUACCCGCUUGUGUACCCCAGCCACGCCCUCCACGGGGUAUCACCACCUUCUCUAACCGGGCACCCUCUCUACCCCUAUGGUUUCAUGCUUCCCAAUGACCCCUUGCCCCAUGUAUGCAACUGGGUUUCAGCCACAGGCCCUUGUGAUAAGCGCUUCUCCAGCUCCGAGGAACUGCUCGGCCACCUGCGGACACAUACAGCCUUUUCAGGCUCCCCGGACAAAUUUUUGCCUGGAUACCCCAGUUCCUCAUCCCUGGCCGCAGCCGCUAUGGCUUGCCAUAUGCACAUGCCACCCACAGGGGCCUCACCCAGCCAUCUGACUCUGCGCAACCCUCACCAUCACCCCUUGGGACUAAGUAGUAGCCGCUAUCAUCCUUACUCCAAGAGCCCUCUCCCUUCAGGUGGUGCCCCUAUGCCAAUGCCAGCAGCCACAGGACACUACUACUCCCCCUAUGCACUGUAUGGGCAAAGACUUACAACAGCUUCUGCUCUAGGAUACCAGUGACUCCUACCAGGUGACUCCAGCCCCUGGAGACAAAAGACAUGAUUGUUUUUCUUUUUAUUUUCUAUUGGAAAAAAAAAUAAAUAGAUUUUGGUGUUCAUUUGAGGACUGGAUCCAUGGACACUGUUAUUUAUUUAUGUUAGCUCCAAGCAGACUCGGUCAAAAAGUGCAUUUCUGGACAGGUAAAGUGGAAACUCCCCUGGUAGAGUUAUAAAUAACAGGGACACAAUAACGCAUUUUCUCUUUAAUGUUACUUAAACAAAAACAAAAAAGUUAAAAAAUGACUGCUUUUAUUGUAUUGUAUCUUAUUUAACGUCUCUUUGGGUACAAGCCCCUCCAAAAUCUUACAUCCAGUGCAUGUUUGUUACUAAAACAACCAGCAGUUUGUCAUAAUUUCAAAUUGCCGUUAUUUUGAAGGUGUAAACAG